ACGAACUUGUAGAUGAUGCAUGAACGUCCUCUUCGCCUGUCAAAGUCCGACCAUUUACCUCAUCAGAUAAUACAGACAGAAUCACAGGACAAGAUGAUAAAUCGGGUGAUUAUCUUCACGGUCCUCUAUGUAUUGCUGAUUAAUCCAGCGGAAGCUCUGUCAAGACAACGACGGGUAAUUGGUGGAAAAGUGGCGGGAGAUGGGGAAUGGCCGUGGUUGGUCAGUUUGCAUGGGAAAAUUGUUACCAAAAGACUGUUUGGUUUUAUUCCUAUUGCUCACAAACAUUUGGUGUGUGGAGGAUCCGUCUUAAAUGACCGAUGGAUACUUACAGCUGCACAUUGUUUUUACGAUAGGAAUGGUGGGUCAGAAAAACGCAAGGCAUCGAACUGGGAGGCAAAAUUAGCGUCUGCCUCUUUAAAAUCAAACCCAAUAGAAAAGAUUAAAAAUUUCCUGGGGAAGUUGUUUGAUAAAGAAUCUUGGAGAUACUGGGAAGUGGACGUGGAACGCAUUGUACUUCAUCCUCUGUAUAAUGGCCAAAAUUUUUGGGAACAUGACAUAGCUUUAGUGCGUCUUUCCCGGAGUGUCCCAUCUGGACCUUCGUACGACAACAUCAAACGGGUCCCAUUGCCAUCUGCUGAUAAUGCGUCAUUUCCGGGCAUUGGAGAUGACUGUGUCAUGAAGGGAUGGGGUUGCAGAUCUGGAGGUGCUAAGUUGUCCUUCAACGCACACAGCGUUUCCCUUCCGAUUUUUGACAAAAAAUCAUGUGCGCAAAUUUACGGAACAAGGGAUAUAGGGAAAAGAAUAUGUGCAGGUUUUCUAAGCAAUGGCAAAGGCAUUUGCAAGGGAGAUAGUGGUGGUCCGUUAACGUGUAGGGACAAAGAUAACCAAUGGAUACAAGUGGGCGUGGCUUCAUUUUCUAGCCGGGAUAAACCCGGAAGUUAUCCCGCUGUGUUUACACGUGUGUCGGCGUAUUUGGACUGGAUAAACAAAACAAUAAAGGGAUAAAGUUUC